UUUAUCUUUAACAUGGCGGUGAUAGAAUGGGUUUUACGGGAGAUCUUAACAUCCCCCACAACUUUAUUUAUUAUCGUGGUAGCAACGAUCCUUUUUCACGUAUUUCUCAAAGAGGCCAAGUAUGGCCAGAAUUUCCCGUCUGGUCCAUGGGGUUUGCCUUUUGUCGGUGUGUUGCCGUUUCUCGGCGACCAUCCCGAAAUAACCAUGAUGGAAUGGGCGAAGAAGUACGGCAAGGUGUUCAGCGUCCGAAUGGGUCCUGAAACGGUCAUUAUGCUGCAAGGGUACGAAGCGGUCAUGGACGCCUUUUCCAGGAAAGCUACGGUUUUUUCAGGAAGGCCCCACAUUCCAGUUUUUGAUAUCAUGAAUGAUAGAGGUCUGGUAGUUUUGGACUAUGGGCCUGCUUUCACGGCACAAAGGCAAUUCACAAUGCAAUACAUUGCCCACGCCAACAACGAGAAACACAUAGAUGGUGAGGUGGACGCCCUCUUGCGGUAUAUUCGAGAACAACGUGGAGAGCCAUUCCAGUUCAACUUCCCGAUGAAGGCGACCACCUCUAAUGUUAUCGGCACUGUCCUGUUUGGAAGUCGCCAAGAAUACGACGAUCCCGUCUUUAAGCGUCUCCUGCAAGUCUUCCAAAAAGCCAUGUUAUUGAGCGGCCAGCUGAGCAUCAGGCAAUUUCUACCUUUUUUAUCUUUUAUUCCCUCAGUUGAUGAAAGAAAAGCCGCAUGGGGGGAGUUUUCGGACAUCCUCAACGAAAAGUUGGUUGAGCACAGAGCCACUUACAGAGAGGGGACAACUCGGGGGUUUAUAGAUGCGUUCAUUCACAAGAUUAUUGAAAACGAGAAUGGCGUCCAGAAUCUUUUCACAGAAGCCGACCUUCUACCAAGCCUGCUCACGCUGUAUUUCGCCGGCUCGGAUACCGUAUAUCUAACGCUUUCCUGGGGAAUGCUCUUCCUUCUCCACCACCCCGCCGUCUGCAAGAGAAUACAAGACGAACUGGAUCGAGAAGUAGGGAAAUCCCGGCGUCCAACGCUUGCUGAUAGACAAAAUCUUCCAUACACCAACGCCGCUUUGAUGGAGGUACAACGCCUAAAUUUCAUUGCCCCGAUUUCGGGCCCGCACAAAGCACUGAGGACGGUCAAUUUUCGGGGAUACACCAUCCCCGAAGGAACGACCGUCUUGGCCAAUCAGUGGUCAAUUAUGAUGGACGAGGAGAAAUGGCCGAAUCCUCAGCAGUUCGACCCAUCGAGGUUUUUGGACGAGUUUGGGAACGUCAAGAAAAACGUAGCCUGGAUUCCGUUUUCUGUGGGAAAGCGCUCUUGUCCCGGCGAAGUUCUGGCCAGACAAGAAAUAUUCCUUGUGCUAACGGCCUUGUUGCAGGCGUUUUCAUUUCGGUCACCAGAUGGCGAAGCUUUACCGGAAUGCGUUGGCAAGACAGGCUCACUUUACGUCUGUCCCGAUUUUAACGUCUGCGCCGUACCAAGAUUUUAAUGGAACAGCCUGUGCUGCCUAUGGAAUGUCUUGCGACUAACCUUGCAAGCU